CGGGGGGCCCUCUCCUCCUCCGCGUAGGGAAAAUAGAGAGGAUCUUUUCAAUACUCGGCUCGGGGUCCGAGUCUCUCUGUAAGCUUGAGAGAUGGCGACGGAGUUCGUUUUCAUUCGUCCGCUUGGCACUCGCUCGGCUUUUUCUCCGACGCGCACGAGAGCAACGACGGAGAAGGAGGAGAGAGGGAGAGAGAAGCGAUUCGAAUACGCGAGCAUAUACGAGCACGCGAAAUGAGUUUGCGUAGGAUUCUCCAUCGGUCCUCUCUUCUCACCUCCCUCCAAUCGCGCUCAUGAGCACUCUGGUGAGACCGCGAGUCGCGAUCGUCCCCGCUCGGCGAGGCGGGCGCGCGCGCGCGUCCGCCCGCCCGCGAUAUAUAAACAAUACACGCGAAACGGAGAGCUCGUUAAACGUAUAACCAGCAACGAAUACGAGACAAGUAUGAGAAAAGUACGAGGAGGAAAUGGCGAGUGUUGUUGGCACACGAAUGACACACUCGGAUAGCACGUUGGAAGUAUCCCCCUCUCGCGAAACAAAUCCUCCACCACCGCGACUCCUCGACUCGUCCGAGCCACGAAUCGUCCACCUCCCUCCCGCGAUUCCUCGUGCUAUAACUCACCACCGACGGCAGUGAGGUCUCGAACGAGAUCUAAAUUUUAGUACGCAUUAGAGGAAUCCCCCGAGAGCAUGAUAAGCUUUCGUAUCGCGAGGAGGAGACAAAGAGCCAACGAUAACGUAAGAGACGAGAGGAUAAGCAGCGAGAGACGCGUCAAAAUUACCUCAUGACGCAAGUCUAUCAUCAGGCCAAGUUCAGAUGGACCGAGAAUCUGACCAGUCGCUUCAUACAGCUGAGAAAAGAAAAUGGAAAAUUAUUCACCGGCCGGAAGUAUUCGGCUCAAGCGGGCUGGGAAUACAUACUGCGACGAAUGCGUCUGGAAUUUCCCACGAUAAUGGCUGACGUUCACUACAGAGUGCUCAAGAAAAAGUGGUCGAAUCUUCUUCAGCAGUACAAGGAACUGAAGAAUCCGGUACACGGCGACAAGAACAAGGCGGACGACGUGUCAUGGCCGUUUUACAGCGCGAUCGACGAGGUCGUUGGAAACGCGACCAGACGCCGAUCGAACCUCGGCGUGGCUGCGGAAGAGGAGGAAGAGGAGGAAGAGGAAGAGGGAGCCAACGACGAAAACGUCGUCGACCCGCACGAGUUCCUCUGCGUUUCCGUCACUCCCGAGGAAUCCGAUCACGAGCCCAAAUUUCCAUACGACCAAGAGAUCGAGAGAAACGACAAUCCCUCGAUCAUCGCUCUGCAAAGACUCCGGACGCUCAACGAAGACUGUUCGAUCGAGAUCGAGAGAUUACCGCACGAUUCGUCGAGAGCGUCGCGGAAGAUCGGCAAGCCAAGAGGGAAGCGAGCCUUGCCGAGCAACGACACUCUCAUAUCGAGACUUCCACGUGCCACCGAACUCUCGAUCAAAACGGUCAAACGUUCGGGACCCGCGAUAAGCGUCAAAGAUUUAACGAAAUUGGGAUUCGAGCCGGGAACGAGAAACGGCGACUCAUCCACGAUCCCGAGCAGAAACGAGGUCGGGAUCGGAGCCAGCGACGACGAUUACGAAACGAGAGGGAGAAUCAAGAGGUCGCGGGGAAUGAAAACUAAUGAUCGCGAGAACCUCGAGCACGCGGGGAGUAACUUGGAACGUCGUUUCCAGGAUUUUCUCGACUACGCGAAGCGUCGGGACGACGAGAAUCGCGAAAUUAUGUUGCGAAUACUGCAAGCGGUCGAAAAGAUUGCUCAAAAAAUUCAAUGACUCGCCUGCUUAUCGUUACUACUAUAUAAUAAAAAGGAAAUACAAAAAAAAGGUUUUUAUCCGGAAAUGACGUCA